AUUGAGUUUCAGUUCGUAGUUGGCUCCCAAACGAAGAUGCAGUACAAUCAGCCGCCGGCGGGGCCCACUGGUUAUCCCCACCAGAUGCCACCGCCGAGUUACGAGCAGGUGGUUCAUGUGCAGGCACCAAUCCGAGUGGUUCAUGCAGCAUCACCCCCACCCGUGGUGAUCAUUCAACAUCAAGCUGUCAUGCCCGUGGGUCCCGAUCCCAGCUUCAUUACCUGCCCGCACUGCCAUGUCCAGAAGCUCACGCGCGUGGAGUACACGCCCAGUGUGAAAACCCACUGCAUGGCCGCUCUCCUCUGUAUUGUUGGCCUCUGGUGUUGUGCAUGUCUGCCCUACUGCGCCACUAGCUGCAUGAAUGCCAACCACUUCUGCGGCAACUGCAACAAGUUCGUCGGCGUCUACAACGGUGAUUUGUAAUCCCUACAAAAAAAUAAACAGUACCAAACGAACCGAA